AUGUCCACCGGCCGCCACAUCGCCCCGGACCGGCGCUCGGCGUUCCACUCCCUGCGCAAGAUGCCCUCGACGCUCUUCCGCAACAACAAGCCCGACGACUCCCUCUCCCAAAAGAACCCACGUCGCCGCGGCGCCCUCGCCAGCUUCCUUGGCCGCAAGUCGCCCGUUGAGAAGACCCCUCAGAACAAGCAACGGCCCAGCUGCGGACCUGAUCCUUUCGUCCGUCCCGAGGGUGUGCCGAGCGUGCGGCAUCACUCGCCGCAGCCUCCUUUUGGCUCCACCUCGUCCCCUGGCCCGUCCCGCUACCGUACUACCUCCAUUCGCAGCCAAACCCCCGACUCGAUGCGCGUCUUCCACACUGUCCACAUCGACGACGUGGACUCCCUCGACGACCCUCUCAUUGACGACGAUGGUACGAGGCUCAGUGUGCUUGAGAAGGCAGCCCGCGUCCCUCUUAACAGCGACAAGCUCCCUAUGCGCCGCACCUCGCUUGCCUUUCGUCCCAAGACUCCACAGCUUACUGUCCUCGCUGAGACCUAUGGGCCUGAGCAGCCCACAGUCCUGCCCUCCUUCCCAACGCCGGAGCCAGAGGUUCCACCCAAAGUCCAGCCCCGUCUUAAAAAGGAAAAGGCCCGUUCGCGUGUCUGGGGGGUCUUCUCUUCCAAGCGUAUUUCGAAGUCCAAGGCGGCCUCACAGUCACCACCAUCACAACGGUCGUGGUACGACUCGGUGUCCCAGCCCUCGAACCGAGUCACCGUGUCUCAGCCCUCCAACCCCACUGUGCAGUCCUCCAUUCGCACGCCGGUCGCGCAAGCAGCCAGCCGCCCGUCGCUGGCCAACACGAUGGGCCGCACUUCAAUAUCGAAGUCAAGUUGCCCGACCACUCAGUUCCGGCCACCCACGCUACACAUCACGCACCCUUCACAGGAUGGAGAUCUUUCCCCAUCCAUUCCACUUCGGCGCUUCGUUAACGACCCCGACUCGCCCUUCAUCGCUAGGAACAAGCCGGCACCCUCCCAGCCCACCAGCAUCCUCGUGAACCGGCAGGGGAUCGAGACUGCCUCACGGCACUUGACAUCGUCUGCCACCAACCGCAAGUCACUUCCGAAACGCAAGAGCCUCGCUGGACUCUUCGGUAUCUCCUUGAAGAGGAGUAUCGACCGGUUGCGUCCGGCCUCACCUGCUCCGGCGAUGUGUGAUCCUUCGACUCCUUCGCGCAUGUCCAUCGCGGCCAACAUAAGGGACGACACCAGUCCCGACACCUUGGCGUUCUACAGCCGUCAGGGCACUCGCUCCGGCUUCAACGGGCAUGGUAACCUACUACACCCAGACGGUGAGCAGCUCACGGAGUCCAACAGGCUGAUAUCAGCACACAUACACGAUGUCACAUCCGCAACAAACCAUCUCCAGGACCUUGUCGACAGCAUGGACGCAAGCUUCUCCCUCUGCAAGCACCGUGGCGAGCCGGGUACGCCCACUCCGCUCCGUCGUGCGCGCUCCGGGGCCUUCAAGCCGGCGGCAAGACCAACUCGUCCCGUCUCUCGCUCAGGUCGCGCCUCGGCACCCCCCGCCAGCCCCUCCAAAGCCUUUGCCCACUCCAUCAGCCGGGUGCUUGACAGCCACUCCCGUCCGACAACGCCGGUUAAGUCCCCCGUCAAGUCGAUCGUCCAGAGCUUCCGCGACAGCAUCAGCAAAUCCCCGGCCCGCCAUUCCGUGAUCUCGUCCCACCUCCCCCGCCCCGACAGCAUGGCCAGCGACAUGUCUGAGACGUCGGUGGCGGCGUCUAGUUACGCACCGCCCAGUCCUAGCCAAGGACUCGAUACCUCAUGCAACUUCAAGGACAGCCCAUCACCCCAGUCGAUGCGCUCAGUGGAGCCUGAUGCUCUCACCCAGCCGCCCUCUGCGUUCUCGUUCAGCCAUACCCGCAUCGGCUCUCGACCCCCCAUCUUAGACCUCGACUUUGGCAGCCAACCAAGCUCGAUGUUCAGUGACAUGCUCGGGCAGUUCAGAUCGUCCAAGUCGAGCCGCGGGAGUGGCCGGUCGGUCAACCAAAGCACCCGCAGCUCGAACCGCACCACGUUCGACUUCGCUGCCGAGUUCGCGGCCCUAACCGCCUCUCGGGACAGCACCCAGUCCGUCGGCGACACUUUGGACAUUGCCCGCUCAAUCGAGUUCUCGACCGAUUCGCCACACGCUGCGCUCGCCCAGCUCGAGGAGGUGCUCGAGUCGCGCAAGAACAGCGUCGAGACGCUCCGUGGGCGCGAACGGCUCUCCAACCCGCCUUUCCAGGGACGCAUUGAGUUCCAGAUGGGAGUGCGUGCUCGCAACAUCUCGCGUCCGUCACCUGGCCCACCUCCGCCGUUCGCUCUCCCACCCACUCCCGAGGGUCCACUCGACAUCGACCACCGGAAACAGCCUUCUGCCAUCAGCUUCGCGUCCAUGUCAAGUCUUGGCGCGCCUCUCGCACACAUUGACCGCGGUCACGUCAACUACUUCGAGCAAGUAUUUGCCACUGGCACCGUUCCACCACCACUUCCAUCUCUCCCAUCCAUUGGCCGGCGCAUGAACAUGAGCCACCACCGCCGCAUGUCGUCUGAGAUCUCGGUCAGUUCUUUCAUGUCCGCCGAGAGCUCCAUAUUCCACACCCACGGUCGCGAGUCGUCGUCUGGCAGCAUUGUCGGUCGGUCGGAUUGGGCGUCUCAGCGCCGCGCCUCGCGCGACAGCGAGGCGAUGGCGCGUCUUGGAUCUAUCGCCCGCCUCGGACGUCCUGGUCUUGGCGAGCGCAUGUUCGAGGGAGUCGACGAUUCCAGUAUCGUUGACUCCGGCACGGUGGAGUCAGAGACGGGCUACUCCAUCGUCGCGAGUCCCACCUUCGGCACGCGGCCGUACUCGUUCUCAUCGUCGACGGACGAAACCGUCGACCCCUGCACGGAGGAGGAUGUGUCGUUCUUUGGCCAAAACCACGAGCGCAAUCACUCAUUCGUGAUCAUGAGCCGCCCCAUGUCCCGGGCCACCCUCAACGAGUCGCGGGUGAACGACACGUUCGACUUCAUCGACGGACCAUCGAAGCGUGGUGCUGUCGAAGUUGGCAUCGUCGACUCGUACGCUGGGGACAAUGAGUCUGCUUCUCCGGCUUUGCUGACUGGAGGCCCAGUCCAUAGCACUCCACUGGAGCGUGAUAUCCCCCUACCCCGUGCCCGUCAUCGUCCAGCUGCUCUCUACCUCUUAGACGACGGGGACGAAACGCCCGGCUUACUCUCCCCAUCUGACCUGACCGAGGUCUCAUCGCUGUUCUCGCUCGACACAGCACGCGGCUCCAACCCACCUCCGGGCUACCCGUCACACAGGCGUGAGAAGGGUUCCAUCACCAGCAUAGUCCAGGUUCACCCGACCAUCCGCGAGGAGACAUCGCAGAAGUCGCUCCGCGAGCCCGGGGGUUCCGAUGACCCCCGCUCUGCUUGGGAACUGGUGCAGGAGCUCAACGCCAGGCACUGGAAUGACCUCGGCGACGUGGCGUCGUCUCUACUCACUGAGUCACCUGUCUACAGCCUGUACACCAGCCCUGAGGCCCCACCCGUGCCACACACCCGUGCAGAAAUUGAGGCCAUCUUGGCCGACUCGCAGGCGACGUACAAGGUCCUCGACAACGUGUUCAAGUCUGACAAGCCGGUUGGCCUUCACCGUCGCAAGAUAUCGCUCAACGAUACGCGUGCUGCUGUUGCGCCGUACGGAGUUCACCCCGCCCCUCUCGAGACUCGGUUUCGGAGUCAGCGCUCUACCGGUCAGCGCGUGUCCCCACUGCUCGCCGAGUUUGCCCGUGACGUUUCGCCACUGCCUCGCAUCCUCGCCAGCGCGCAGCCUCCACCCCGACAGGAGUCCAAGGUUAGCCCACCUCCGCACGAGGCUCGACCCCGCGUGACCUCAUCGGUUCGCCGCGACAACUUAGGCUGGGGUCGCCGCCGCAACUCAGACGAACCGGCAGGCAAUGCACCCGCUGUGACCACCAAGGCUCCCGCCUCUGCGACGCUCGGCUCCUUUCCGUCUUUCUUAGCCUUCUCGCCGUCCGUCCCCCCUCAGCCAACCCACAAGAAGGCCGAGUCAGCGUUCUCGCGCCCGACCUACCCCCAUCCGCUCAUCACGGCCAAGGCGCCGCCCAGGCGCGUGCAAAAGCGCAUCCACGUCAAGACGGACAGUAAAGGCUCACCCAUGUCGGUGCACAGCAGCUCGUCCCGCACUUGCCUCGCUCCACGUUCCGAAAGCGCUCCACUCUCGGCCCGUCCCAGCAACAUCCCCAAGCCGCGCCGCGUACACAAGAUCAAAUCGUCGCCCGAAAUAGGGCGGAAGCGGAACAGGGAGAAUGGACGAGCACCGGCGCCAUCUUUCGUCUUAGCCCCUCCUCCUUCUCUACGUGUCUAA